UUAGUCUAGCAUAUAAACCUACUGAAAGAAGAUAUACAAUUAAUUACGAGACAGUCAACAUUGUGCCAGCGUUUUUUAAUCUUGUUUUUUAUUCUUAUCUGCGUAUACAGGAUAGAAGAAGACAAAGCAGUUGCCCCUUUUGUCAACGUCACCGGCUUUUUGCAGUAGUGAGUGAGACUUCAUAAGCAUUUAUUAUUCUAGAAGUAUUUGUGGCAGCGAUUGGACAAUAUGAUAAUAAAAGAAUUUCUAUACCUGUUUUUGUCGGUGGUUGUACCGUCGGUUUGGGGCUUUUACUCACCCAGUGAUGCUGUUGUUGAGUUGACACCAUCCAAUUUCGACCGACUUGUGGUCCAAGAUGAUGCUAUUUGGGUGGUUGAAUUUUAUGCAAAUUGGUGCGGUCACUGCCAAAGUCUCGCGCCCGAGUACAAGAAGUUAGCCAAGGCUUUGAAAGGUGUCGUUAAAGUAGGCGCCGUGGAUGCUGAUGAGCACAAAUCUCUAGGUGGGCAAUAUGGAGUACGUGGUUUCCCCACCAUUAAGAUAUUCGGUGCCAACAAGCGGUCGCCAACCGAUUACAAUGGCCAACGCACGGCAAAGGCGAUUGCGGAGGCGGCUUUAGCUGAAGCCAAGAAAAAAGUUCAAGCUGCUUUUGGGGGCGGAAGCAGUGGCAGCUCUUCAAGUGACGAUGGUGGCAGCGGUGACGUCAUUGUAUUGACAGACGAUAACUUCGAUAAAUUGGUGCUGCAAUCCGAAGACGAUUGGUUGGUUGAAUUCUAUGCUCCAUGGUGUGGUCAUUGCAAAAACUUGGCUCCCGAAUGGGCUAGAGCUGCUACCGAGUUGAAAGGCAAGGUUAAAUUGGGUGCUUUGGAUGCCACUGUCCAUCAAAGCAAGGCCGCUGAAUAUAAUGUACGCGGAUAUCCCACAAUUAAAUAUUUCCCUGCUGGCAAGAAGAGUUCAUCAGAUGCCCAAGAAUAUGAUGGCGGUCGUACUUCGUCCGACAUUGUUACCUGGUCCUUGGAUAAACACGUGGCUAAUGUACCCGCUCCAGAGCUAGUAGAAAUCAUAGAUGAAUCCUCCUUCGAUUCGGCGUGCGAGGGCAAACCAUUGUGUGUCAUCUCUGUUUUACCCCACAUACUCGACUGUGAUGCAAAAUGUCGCAAUAAAUUCCUAACAACUCUUCGCGAUUUGGGCGAGAAAUUCAAACAAAAGUCAUGGGGCUGGGCUUGGUCAGAGGCCGUCGCUCAACCUGAAUUGGAAUCCGCUUUGGAAAUUGGUGGAUUCGGUUAUCCAGCCAUGGCGGUUGUUAAUUUCAAAAAGAUGAAAUUCUCCGUUUUGAAGGGCUCUUUCUCCAAGGAUGGCAUUAAUGAGUUCCUGCGUGACAUCUCUUUUGGUCGUGGCCAAACGGCACCCGUCAAAGGAGCAAAGAAACCAUCCAUCAAUUCAGUGCCGGCAUGGGACGGCAAAGAUGGUCAAUUGCCUGCCGAAGAAGAAAUAGACCUUUCCGAUAUUGAUUUGGAUGACCUCAAGGAUGAGCUGUAAAGCACACCGAACUAAAUACAUUCGAAAAACACCGCCACUUCUUCCUCAUUUCAUUUUGUAAUUUAGCGAUCACUUAAUUUAUCAUAAGACUGUCAUUAAUUUCAUAGAAUUUUUUAUAUAAAUUUAUUAUCUUACGUAUUAUAUACACAAACAUACAUAUAAACAAUUCGACAAAAAUAACGUUUUUUUUUUAUUUGUUUGGUUUAUUAAAAAAUUUUGUAAUACAAAAGUACGAUGUCAAGACCCUAAAGGAUCAAAAAUAAUAUAUAUGUAUAAGAAAUUGUCGUAAAUAAAGCCAACAUGUUGGUGAAGAAACCUUGUAACUUGAA